UUUUUUUUUAUUUUUUUUUUAUUUUUUUAAAACACAAACAUCUUUCUCAUAUCCGAUCAUGUCGAACAACGCAUCUGACCGUAUUGCCAACACUGUCAACUCGUACGUCGGAGGAGCUAAGCAAGCGGUUGGUGAGGCCAUUGGAAACACUAACCUCGCAGCGUCAGGAGCAGAACAGAGGAGUCAGGCAGAGGCCCGACAAGCUGCAGCAGAUGCCAAGACUCAUGCAGAGGGUGUCGGUCACACAGCCCAAGGCAAAAUGCAACAGACUAUGGGCGCUAUGACUGGAAAUAGAUCCAUGGAAGCCAAGGGUCACGCGAAUGAGGCUCAAGGUGAUCUCGAGCGCAAGAUCUAAAC